UGAGAUCUCGCCGCCGAGCUACUGAUCUCGCCGUCGACCCCUUUCUCCUCCUCGAGCCAACUCUUCCAACUCCAGCCCCUCCCCUCCCCCAACUCCAGCCCCUCCCCGUUCGACGCCGACGGCAGCUGGUUCGAGCUCUGGAUCGGGGGAUGCGACGGCUCAGAGGAAGAAUAAGAGGCCAAAGUGCUUUGGUUCAGGUAUUCCACUUGAAACAGGUCUGUAUCCGCCACGACACCGCCGCCAACACCCACCGUCGGCCGAGAAAAUUCCCUCUGGUUCGUAUCCGGUUGUUCCCUCAAUUCCAAUUGAGGCUAAGAUGCAGAGACAGGCCAGAUUUAGACUCGGAAGUUCUCCCUGAACUGGAGGAGCUUUGCAAAGUGGCUAUUGUUUGUUUCAAGUUGAGACAAUGCAAUGUUUAUGCACCGAGCCAUUAUCUAUGCCCAAUAUUGCAGGAAAUUAUGGAAAAUCCCCAUAUUGCUGCUGAUGGAUAUACUUACGAGUAUAGAGCAAUUAAAGCAUGGCUUGGAAAACACAAGAUAUCUCCCGUUACGAAGCUCAUCCUCUGGCUUACAACAUCCUGAGAAAUGAGAUUGCUCGAUACAUGAUCGUACUCCUGUAACAUUUCAACUUCCUCCGAAGUUACGGAGAGCUUGAUUAAUUUAUGAUGCAAAUUUAUCAUAAAUAACGGUAGCUUGGUCUUUGCAUACUACAAGGAAGGCGCCAGUGAUCCUACCCUUUUGUACUUCGCCCACGGGCUGAAGGAGAUCAAAUGCUAGAGCCUGUUCUUUUCAGAACUCCAAAAGAAGGAGAUUUGUACUCUAAUGAUAUGUUACCUAAAUUAUCUGUUGCCGCUGGACUUGGGUCUUUUAAAGCUUUAACUGUGGUACUUAAUAAACUUAUGUGGGUUUGAGUAAUGUUUUUGUCACAACUUUUUUAAGUUAUAUUUCAUUGGACUGAGUAGUGAUUAUUUUCUUCUUU